CUUUGCUUUGGUUCAAAACUAACAUCACAUUCUCAGAACUUGGUCAGGCCUUAAUCAAAUGAAAUGCUAUUGAGCUUCCACUUGGUCUUUCCACUCUGCUAAGUGCAAAGAUAGUUCUGGAGAAAUCAGUCUUGGCUCAUGUCCUCAAGGAGUUGGUCAAAAGACAAGGCUUGGAGAAUAUGUACGUGCCAUGUCAAUGAACUGAUACAAUGGAAAAAACUUAUAAUAAUGCCUAACAUUUAUUGACUCCUCAUAAUAAGGCCACAAACUUUGUAUGAAUUAACUCAUAGAAACGUUAUAACGUUGUAUUAUAAGCAAUCCUAAUUUGCAGAUGAGGACACUGAGGCUCAGGGAAGUUAUCUAACUUGCCUAAGGUUAAAGCAAUAUACUACUUUUAUAGUUGCAUCUUCUUAGUAAUCUCUGGGGUUGCUGGGACUCCAGUGUGAGAAAGAGCCUGAAAUUCGCAAACUUGGAUGAUGGGGAAGAAAAGGUGUGCUAAACUCAGGUCACAGAUGUCCAGUCUUAAUCUUGUUCCUCUGCAAGCCUUGUUGCUCACACCUCUUGACCGACAGUUCGAGGCAGGUGCUCACAGCAAACUUACUCUAUGUAAGCCAAGGCCAGGUGUGGGGAAAAGGGGCUGAGAAAUGUUAGAAACGUGAACGCAGUCCAGGCGGGAGAAGAGAAGGGGGCCUCGAGGGGUGCCCCUAUGCAGCCCACACAUACGCCAGGCACUGACUUGGGAAAACAACAAGCUUGGCGGAAGAUCCUCCCGUGGCCGGAGGGCCCUGAACUCUAGGCCAAGACUCAUCCACAACCUAGGGGCAGGCGGCCACCAGCGCCCCAUCGAAGCUAAAGGGCUGACAGAAGGGCUGCAGCGGCAAGUGCGCGCCAACACAGCUGCACACGCCCAGACACCCGGGGCGCUGAGAGGAACUUCCCCGCGAUCCGCCCUGGCUGCGCAGAGCCCCUUCUCCCCGCCGGGGCCCCGCCCCGCCUCACUUCUUUUAAAAGCAGCAGCCAGCAGCGCGCCGGUGGCGUGCGGCUCUAAAGGCCGGGAGGACGUCAUCGACGCGCUGUCGAGCCUCCAGCCCGCCCCGCUUUCCUUCGCAGUGACUCGGCGGCGCCCGGGACAGCGCGCACCGACGCUCAAACGCGCGCUCCAGCCCGCAGCCUUCUCCUGCCUCACCGCCUGAAGAUGGCGGCUCUCAAACUCCUCUCCUCCGGGCUUCGGCUCUGCGCCUCUGCCCGCGGAUCUGGGGGAACCUGGUACAAGGUAAAGUGCGGGGGAAGAGGAAGGCCAUGGGCAGGAAGAACGUGGACCAAACCCUGAUUGGUGCCCGCGUUUUCUCCUCUGCCCCUACCCGCUCUCUUCAGCCUAGGAUCUGGCAUCCGUGGCGCGGUGCCCUGGUCAGGGACACGCGGCGACGCGUUCCUGGCCUCGCCGGCUCCUCGGAUGGUCGCCUUUGCUUGGUUCUGCAGUCGCUUCCCUGAUGGAGCGAGACGCGGUAAAGAAGGGCGCGGAGAGGCUGAGAAGGGGCGGGAGGACUCCUGGCAGCGCUCCCGAGCCCUUUGGCGCUCGCCGGCGUCCCUCCUGGCACCCGCCCUUGGAAAGGGACUCUGAGGGUCUGAACGGGGGGAGGAGGGCGCCAGUGUAUGGAGGUUUAGGAGUGAGGCAACAGCGGGUAGGUUUGCGCCCCCAAUGUUGGAUCUCUGGGCAGAGGAACCUCUAGAGGCCCAGAACCUGAGGCUGGGUUAGCCAUGGCUCUGCUCGAGUUCACCGGGGCUGGAUGCCGGGUGCGGCGGGUGUGGAAUGCCGCUCCCAUCCUCUCCUCCCUAUUUGGCUCUGCUGCCCCGCAGACUGGAGCACUCGCCAGGGCAUCUUGCCGGCCAAGCUGGGAAACCAUCCGAGGGAUGUGUUUGUUCCUUUUCCACCAGUGCUCAUCGCCAUACCAAGUUUUAUACAGAUCCAGUAGAAGCUGUAAAAGACAUCCCUGAUGGUGCCACGGUUUUGGUUGGUGGUUUUGGGCUAUGUGGAAUUCCAGAGAAUCUUAUAGAUGCGUUACUGAAAAUUGGAGUAAAAGGACUAACUGCAGUCAGCAACAAUGCAGGGGUUGACAAUUUUGGUUUGGGGCUUUUGCUUCGGUCCAAGCAGAUAAAACGCAUGGUCUCUUCUUAUGUGGGAGAAAAUGCAGAAUUUGAACGACAGUACUUAUCUGGUGAAUUAGAAGUGGAGCUGACACCACAGGGCACACUUGCAGAGAGGAUCCGUGCAGGCGGGGCCGGAGUUCCUGCAUUUUACACCCCCACAGGGUAUGGGACCCUGGUACAAGAAGGAGGAUCGCCUAUCAAAUACAACAAAGAUGGCAGUGUUGCCAUUGCCAGUAAGCCAAGAGAGGUGAGGGAGUUCAAUGGUCAGCACUUUAUUUUGGAAGAAGCAAUUACAGGGGAUUUUGCUUUGGUGAAAGCCUGGAAGGCGGACCGAGCAGGAAACGUGAUUUUCAGGAAAAGUGCAAGGAAUUUCAACUUGCCAAUGUGCAAAGCUGCAGAAACCACGGUGGUAGAGGUUGAAGAAAUUGUGGAUAUUGGAGCAUUUCCUCCAGAAGACAUCCAUAUUCCUCAGAUUUAUGUACAUCGCCUUAUAAAGGGAGAAAAAUAUGAGAAAAGAAUUGAGCGUUUAUCAAUCCGGAAAGAGGGAGAUGGGGAAGCCAAAUCUGCCAAACCUGGAGAUGACGUAAGGGAACGAAUCAUCAAGAGGGCCGCUCUUGAGUUUGAGGAUGGCAUGUAUGCUAAUUUGGGCAUAGGAAUCCCUCUCCUGGCCAGCAACUUUAUCAGCCCAAAUAUAACUGUUCAUCUUCAAAGUGAAAAUGGAGUCCUGGGUUUGGGUCCAUAUCCACGACAACAUGAAGCUGAUGCAGAUCUCAUCAAUGCAGGCAAGGAAACAGUUACUAUUCUUCCAGGAGCCUCUUUUUUCUCCAGCGAUGAAUCAUUUGCAAUGAUUAGAGGGGGACAUGUCGAUCUGACAAUGCUAGGAGCGAUGCAGGUUUCCAAAUAUGGUGACCUGGCUAACUGGAUGAUACCUGGGAAGAUGGUGAAAGGAAUGGGAGGUGCUAUGGAUUUAGUGUCCAGUGCCAAAACCAAAGUGGUGGUCACCAUGGAGCAUUCUGCAAAGGGAAAUGCACAUAAAAUCAUGGAGAAAUGUACAUUACCAUUGACUGGAAAGCAAUGUGUCAACCGCAUUAUUACUGAAAAGGCUGUGUUUGAUGUGGACAAGAAGAAAGGAUUGACUCUGAUCGAGCUCUGGGAAGGCCUGACAGUGGAUGACAUACAGAAGAGCACUGGGUGUGAUUUUGCAGUUUCACCAAAACUCAUGCCAAUGCAACAGAUCGCAAAUUGAAAUGUGGAUAUUUGUACCGGGCUGCGUGUUUUUCAUUUUAAACACAUAGGAUUUAAUUGAAAGGACAUCAGUAAUCAUAAUUGUGUAUUUGACAGGUGGUUUUUGAUUAGUUUUCUUGUGUUUCAGACUUUAUGCAGCCAUAUAAACUGUUCUCUAGGCAUGCUGUGACAUUUUAAUAAAAAGCAAAAGGAGCAUUUAUAAUUAUCUCAUUUGUUAAGUGCUGAGAAGAUUGUCUUUAUAAUAAGUAAUUAUAUUGAAUGCAUUUUCACUGAAUAUGGUAUGUAUGCUAAAUUAUAUGAACCUUUCCCCAAGAAGGGCCCUAGAAAUUGAUGUGGCUUUCUUCUUAAAUAUUAAUUAUUAGUCCUGAAAGAAAGAUAACAUAUGUGAUUUUGUGGUUAGGAGAGUUGCUGUCAUGAUUGUUUUUUCUUCACCCUCCUCUAACUUUUCUUUUGGGGCUUCAGAUUUUAUGAUUACAUCUUGUCCCCCUAGAGCAUCCCCUUCCUCCCAUACUGCUUUUAAACAGAUGCCCAAGAAGGCAAGCAGGAAUGUCUCUUGUGGGGGGAGGGCAGGGAGAAAUAACUAGUUCAAACCAACUAUCUAUCUAUGCUUUGCAAAGACUAAGGCGUAUUAUAGGAAGAGGGCUAGAAACCUAACUGAUUCUUCUCAGUUUUCUCAUUUUACAACAGCCCAGUAUUCCUUUGUAUCCUCCAGGGUCCUUGAGAAUACUUCUGUUAUUGAGACCCUGUGGGCUACUUGUACUGUACCUCCUCUCAAGCCAAGAAGGGCUGCGGGAUAAUUUACCAUGGAUCCUUAGUAGCAAUGACAGCAGAGUUAAAAAAUAAAACGUGUUUUACUUUCAGGCUCUCGUUUUGGUUCAGAGGAGAUUUUAAAUAUUGAAUGACACUUCUACAGAACAAUGGUUUUUCUUCUGCCAAGGCUACUUCCUUUAACAAAGUGCCUUUAAUUCAGCCUUAUCCAACUAGGGAAAAUAAUGAUGGACAAGUCUAGGAUUUGAAGAAUCAAUGAACUUUUAGUGUCAGGGAAUAAACAUGGUGGGUAGAUUAGGUUUGAAAGAAACUUCCUUAGAGGUAUUCUCAAUACCAGACAGGGGCCCAUGGGAAUGACUUCAGAAGCAUCCCAGAUAAUAGAUGGGUAAAAAGUCUAGGCACCCUGAAGAACAGGUGAGACAGCUGGCCUCUGGACAGAGGUAGGCAUAGUACAGUACAAUAUAUCAUUCCUCUGGUCCUAAAUAUAGAAACUUAUUCAUGUUUUUAGGUGCUGGUGGUCAUUGAAACUCACAUCUCUUCAGGUGUAGCUACAAUUGUGUAAUGUACAAUAUUAGAGAAAGGACAGGCUUUUUAUGAGUAACACACACCAUAUAUAAAAUAGCCUUUCUGGCUGACCACAUGGUUAAAUGCAUACCUUCCCAGUACUGGGGGGAAAAAUGACCCUUCUUAGAAUGUGCAAGUUCCAUGAGAGUAAUAUAUUGAUAUGAUUUUGAAAAGAAUUGUUCAUAGUUACAUCUUCAAACUUGCUUAUCAUUCCAGUGUGCAUCUUUAAGAUAAUGUGAUUCUAAGUAGAUGACUUUAUAUUCUUGAUUAAAGAGUGCUAUAUAUGUUAGGAAAUGCAUUAAGGAAUACAAUAAAUAUUCCAAAGCGA